AUGACGAAGGUUCCUCAGGGGUUUGAUUUCAGUUUCUUAAAUGAAGAAGAAGCCAGGAAGAUCCUUCAGGUGCUGGAAAGAAAUGAGGAGCUACAGAGGGCAGACAAGGACAGGAUCAGCAAACUCCAGAAGACAAAGAGGGAUAUCAGAUGGCUUCAAGGAGUGACUGGUGAAUGGUUUGAAGAAAUUCAAAGAAAGAAGUUUUGCAAUGAAACAGACGUUAGCCAGAUGUUGAAACAACCACUCACAUACAGGCUAAGGAAAGGGAUGGCAGAAAAUGAUCGUGUGGAAUUACAGACGUCAAGAUCUAAAACUACACCUCAUCAAAGAAACCCCAUGGCUGUUUCUUCCCGGCUGAGCUUCAGAUCGUCAUUUUCUUCCCUGUUCUCAUUCAGAAAAUCCAGAAGGGAGACUUCAAAGCUUCUGUCACCGGCACAGAAAGGAUGUGACAGCCAUGCAGGACCUUCCGUGUCUGUGAGGCGAACCGCUACGCAAGCCAAAAUAUACAGUUCACCUCUGGAAAAUCAACCGGUUGACAGUGUCUUUGUCCCCGGGCGAGCAGGCAUGAGGGAGGGAAGUGGUAUGCCUCCCUGGGAUGCUUCACUGCUGGAAAACGAGUUUUUCCAAGUUUUAGACGACUUGGAUAAUAAACUGGCUCAGGAACAAUGUCCAAGCUCAGGGAAUACCACAGCACCUCUCAACUAUGGAUCAAGAGCACAGUGCAGUCAUUUUUACUCCAGGGGGAACACGCACGGAAAUAUCACGGGAAGGUACCAAAACCACCAUAAUGGAGCUUCCAAUAUGUCUAUCUAUGACAUCCUAAGACCAGGAACUCCUAGGGAAGGUUUUAAAACCUUUUCUCCUAGAACAAAAACAAUUUAUGAUAUGUACAGGACAAGGGAGCCCAGACUCUCAACGGAAGAUUACGUGCAAAAGAAUAGUUUCGGUAGUACUUCUCUGUGUUUCGACAGCAGGCAGCCAUCAACUUCACCGGCUACAAUAUAUUUCACAACAAGAAGCUUACAUUUUCCAACAAUAACUCAGAACAAGAGUGGGUUUAUACCACCAAGACACCAGCAGAGCCCAAAGAGAACUCCUUUAUCAUCCAUUAUAUGGAAUAGAUCAGAUUCUUCCGGAGGUAGGCAGAGCCAGGAAGAAUUCCUGGGGGCACCUUCACCGAUGGAGAUUGACUCUGCUGACCAGUAUGUGUAUCCCAGGUGUUUUCAGGAGAACAGGAGAUACGAAUUUUACCGUUCACAGAGUGUUUACCAAGGUGUUCAUUUAGACGCCUGCAUGGAUAAUGCAAUGAGUCCUGACCCAUUUGAGAACUCAGAAAAUAUGCCAUUCUACCAUCAAGAACACCCAUUUGCUAGAUGUUUCUCUAGCAAUACCUUUGGACGAAACAGGGAACAGAGAUUUAAACAAAGUCCUCUUUGGGGCCAACGCGAAGAACAUUCUUUCUGGUCUGACUUCCCUCAAAGUAGGCAUCCAUUCACUUCUCACAGAGAUUCUGAAAUGAUAUCCAUGGAAGUAUCAGCUGGUCACAGCCAUAGCAUUCAUUCUCAACACUGGGGAUCAUUUUCUCCUGGUUACAAAACAAAUAUUUUCAGAGAUCAUGAAGAGCCACAUCUCUGGCAGUUUGACUCUCAGACAACCACGCUGGAGAGCACGGAGGUGUCGCGAGGCAGUGAGAGCCAGACGACUCAUUUCAGCAUGCCAAACGUUUGCCCUGGGACUGGUCCCAGCUAUCACAGCACAUCUGGCAGGUCAGUAUGCCAACAGGGCGGUCCUCCUACAGAAGUACACCUGGACAAAGAACCUUACUCGUUUGGAAAUACUCAGACGACUCUAGCAUCCUCAUUCAACACCUCCUUCCCCCCGAUUCCCGACGACAGAGGGAACCCUCAGAGGCCCAGCUUUCAGAAUCCCACAGUUGCUGUGCACAAAAUUAAGCCCGCCUCUCUGCCAAUAAAAAGCUAUACGGAAGUCACUGCGACCAAGAGCGAUUCGGUCGAUUCUCCACCUCUUACUGAAAGCCCACCCAGUAUCUUGGUCACACAAGUGACUAAGGAGAAAGUCUUGAAGGAAUCUCUUUGGGAAGAAGACAAACAACUACACAAGAUGGACCGGACACACAUGACAAGUGAAGUCCCCCAACCGGUCUCACAGACAGUAACCUCUAACCAUGCCUCUGACGUUCAAAAUCCCCUCUCCCAGGAGUCAGCCAAGGGCAAAGGGUUUGCUUUUAAUGCAUCUACCACAGUAAGUUCAAAGAGGUCACCUGGAGUCAUUUCUAGGAAAGAGAGCCCCAAAAUUCAUAUAUCACACAGAGAGCGAUCCAAUGAACUUAAAAAAGAUAAGAAUCACACAGGGGACAGAAAACUUGGCUCAGCAACUUCCCUUGCUUUCAUUCAGGAACGCACAACAGCGUCUUGGCCCAGCCCAGAUCAAGGUUGUCACCAGGAAGUAAGAGCAAGUACUGAAGCUAUUUCAGGCAUUAUUAAAAAUAACCACUGGAGCUCUGAACCUGCUGAUGGUCAAAAGGCACAGUCUGCAGAAAACAAACCAGCUGCUCGUCGUAAGAUCCCACGCGAUUCUUCAGACCUGUCAUCGGGUAUACUACCUGGCUCCUCACCAUCGAAUAAUUCUUUCCUUGACACUCCGGCGAUUCCUUCAACAACAGUGUUCUCCAGGAAAAGUCCUUCGGGCAAGGAUCCAUCUCCGGGAGAAAGAGCACAAAAGGACAAUGAUAGCAAGGACCAAAGUGAUCAGUUUGCCCUAAGCCGCUCAGAAAACCCAAAGCGUAACGAUGAGUGUGUACUUGUACACAAUGAGGAAGUUGAUGUUGCCAAAUGGCGUUCUCACUCUCCUUUCAAGGAUGGGAAAGGAAAAGGAAAAGUGAGGCGACGCAUAGCCUCUCUGGAGAAGUUAAGCAAAAUGGAAAGUAGAUCAGCACCCACCAGUGAUAACAGUAGCCCCGUGGAGAUGAAUCAAAGCAAUUCCAAGCCUCCUGAAGUUCACACGACUUCCUGCACCUCACCAACAAAAUCAGCCAGAUUUCUCAUCAAUAACCGGAAGUCGGAAAGUAAGAUAAUGGCUUCUCCGUGUAGGAAUGAACCACUUCCAUUCCAAGUCAAAAAUAAUGUGGAACACCCAGCAGGGAAGUAUACAUUGAACAAAUUCGGUCCCAGUUCUUCUGAGUCAGAAAGCACAUGUUCCAAAACAGUGUCAGACUCGGUCCCAGUAGCACCUGAAGUCACAGAGAAGGCGACAAGCCUGAAAAACAUUGGGUUUGCUUCUGUUAGAAAAGGACCGCUUCCGUUCCUCAUCAAGAGGGCCGUGUCGUGUCCGUCAGGGGUACCAGAUGCCUCAGAUGGGAGAGACAAAAGAGAAGAAUGCUUGGUCUCAAACACAGAUGCUUCUGCUGUAACACUAAAACCUUGGGAGGCGAUCAUUAGCCCUCUGGAAAAUAAUUCACCUGUUAGCGAUUUGUCUUGGCCAAAAAGACACCACCAAAAGGAAUACUUUCCAGAAUGCACUGAAAAGGAUGGUAAAAUUGCUGCCUCCGGGACAGGCCUAUUUUCCCUUUCAAACGAAGACCCUCUGCCUUUCUCUUCAGACGCGUCAAGAAAAGAAAGUGGGAAAACGUUACGUAAAUUUAAGACCACUAGUACGUUUUCUGUUUCUGGCGAUGAAGAUAAUGUAAAAUGUCUUGAGGUGGUUUCAGUAUAUUACACUCUACCAAGGAAAUACAGCAAAAAAUUCUCUAACAUUCUUGAAAAGUAUACACGAUAUAUCGAUUCACUUACGGAAUCAACUAAAGUGGAGACUGAAACCUUUCCCAAUGCUUUUGAAAAAGAAAAGCUAAAUUAUUCUACCCAAGAGCAGUCAGGAACACCUUCAUCUGAAGGUCUAAAGAUGCUGGUCACCUCUGCUCAGGAGAAGACCCACUGUCUUUCUCGCACCAGUGAAAAUAUGACCGCUUCACAAUUACCAAGCAUUUGGCCCUCAGAACCAACAUUAAAGGAAGUGGAUUCUACUGAGGCACGUGUUUCUCUUCAUAAAGGAGAAUCUAAAACUGGAGAGAUUUCCCCAGAUAACUUCGCUAAAACACCCCUAGGUGAUUCAGAGAGCAGAAAAGAGAGAGGGAAAAGAUUGCAAAGCGAAACUCUGCCUCCUUCAUCAAUGCUUCAGGAAAAAAAAGGUACAGAAGAGAAAGCUGAAAACUGUCAGCAAUCCAGUAAAUCGGGCAACAGUGGUCCUUCUAAUCUCCCAGCCCAUUCAGAAGAGAAUGUUGGAAGUUCCCAAAAUGGAAGAAGUUCCGGGGAAUGUGUAGGUACUAGGAUAGCCAUCACAGCUCCUGGAACUGGAGAAGGCCUUCCGAGAGAGAUCGUGGACGGUAGUUCCAAUGGAUUGCAGCCUAGUCAAGUAAGAGGGGAAAUUGGAACAGAUUUCCAAAAAGAGACUAGUAAACCACUUUCUGACUUGGAAAGCCAAGUCUUUGCUCUUACUCCAGCUUUGCAUAAACUACAGCUUUUUGAAGGGACUUGUUCAGGUGAACCAGAUUUAGACAGUUUGCAGUCUGAACCCAGAGAGCUACCUCCAAGGAGUCAGGAGAUAAGCAUGACAGAGAACAGCAAGGCUGAAGAUGAAAUGCUAAAGUUGGCAUGGGAUCAACCUUCAUUUCCUGGAGGAAGCAGUAAACAGAAAACCAGCUUGGAUGACCCAGAAAAAGGGAAAAACAGAUCCGUAGUUAAACACAAAUUGGCAGCCAUGUCCAAAGCAAGCAGAAAAUUCCUAGUUAAAGAUUUAAGCCCCAGAAGACACGUAGCUACUAUCUUCCCCCAAAGUGGGAACAGUUCUGGCUUUGGCAGCUUAUCUCUUGGCACGGCCGAGUGCAACCUGCCGUCCCCUGAGCCUACUCCAAAGUCCAUAGAGUCCAGAAAUGAAAGCAGGUUGAGUUGCGAUAUAACGGAUGUGGAAAAGUCAGAGAACUCUCUCCAGGUUACUGUAAUACCCAGUAGAGAAGCUUCUACACACUUAAGCAAUCCGAAGUCUAACAGCAUUUCACAGCUACAGCGGAAUGGGUCUAAAAAUAUCUCAGAAUCAUCACCAAAGUAUGAGAAGUCUAAAGAUGUAACAGCAGCUCAGACUUUGGAAAGAGAGUCAAGAACUUUGGCCCAACCCACAUUCCCCAACCUCGGGGAAGCAGACUUCUCUGACCAUCAGAGAAGAAUAAACCCUCCUUUUCCUUUGGAGCCUACAGAGAAAUCUAGAGUAAGCAUUCCAAUGGCCAGUUAUCAGCAACAACAAAGAAGUGCUUCAUCUCUGGAGUGGGGACCUGAACUGCUCCCCUAUCGUUCAAACAGUUUAAAAAGCAUCAAUGUGCACGGUGAUCUGGUACGCAAAAGUCAUCCUCCAAAGGUCAGGGGGCGCCAUUUUUCUGAGAGCACUUCUAUUGACAAUGCCCUGAGUGAACUGACCCUCGGGGAUGAAUUCUCUGGCAACAGCGGAUACAGUCGAAGAUUCAGAUCCUUUUCUGAGCUUUCCUCCUGUGAUGGAAAUGAAAACCGGACUUUGGGUGGCGGCAGAACAAAAAUGGGGCCCAAGUUUGCAACAUCUAUAUCUAGACCUAUUGACUAUGGAAUUUUUGGGAAAGAACAACAGUUGGCUUUCUUGGAGAAUGUAAAGAGGUCACUCACACAAGGAAGAUUAUGGAAACCAAGUUUUCUUAAGAACCCCGGCUUCCUGAAAGAUGAUGUAAUUAACCAUCCUCAGCCAACAGAGCUACCAAGCUCAGAUUCUCCGAGCGGCCAGAUGCCGGAAGAUGCCUUAUCUCCAGGCGCACCACUUUGUAUCUAUGAAAAGACUCCAGUAGACUCAGAUUGUGACACGGACACAACCACGGAUGAUGAAUACUAUCUGGAUGAAAAUGACAAAGAGUCAGAACUGUGA